AUGACAGGAUCGCUGGACUCGCCGACUCGCCGACCCUCGUCACAGUUCAUUUUCAUCGCCGUUCAAUUGUCAGCUACCGAUGCCAGCAACACUUCGCAGCAUAUCAAUAUCGACCUCAAACCGCCCUCGCGUUCUCGAACCCCCAACAUGAUUCUGCUUGUCAAUACACACGCAUCCAGCAUCUACUCUCACGCCACGUGCCCCAUGCAAGCCGCUACGGGAAUUGGGCUCCGCAAAGCUGCCAAUGAUCCUGUUCCGCUGUGGGCCGCCAACACUCUGCGAAUUCACGUCACGAAAGUAGAGCAAGAGACCUCCCCUGAAGCUCUGGAGCGAGUCCCCCUCUUCAUUACACUAAAGAGGAAAGCAAGUGUCCGUUUUGCCCAGUGGCCAAAGGCGCAAGAGUCGGACUCCCGAUGGCUCUGA